AUGGAAAACGGCAGGCCGGAUACUCUCUAUCAGCGGCUUCGAUACAAGCAACCUCAGUGCCCCGCGCCGAAGCUCAACGGGAACACUUUGUGCUCGUUAGUGGCGAACAGGAGCAUCGCGUUUGUGGGCGAUUCGUUAACGGAGAACAUGUUCGAGUCGCUCAUCUGCCUGCUGCACCGCUUCCAUGGUUCCCCGGAUCCUAUCAGCGUGGGGCAGCAGGAGCGGGUGCUUCGCUGGCCUGCUUGCAACACCACUAUUGCCUUCUACUGGAGCGCCUAUCUCGCCAACCUGUCGCUGACAGUGCCAGGCGAGCACAGCAAGGGCGGCCAGCUGGACCUGAGCCACGUGGACAUGCACUGGGGCCGCCACGUGGCAGAGCAUGACGCGUUCGUGAUCAACACAGCCCACUGGUGGUCACCACAGCGCCUCUGGCUAGGAGGCAUCCCUUUUGCUCCACCCUACUCCUCCUUUGCCUCCCCCACCUCCCUCCUCUCUGCCUACCGUACCGCUCUUAACACCGCACUCUCCGCUUUCUCCUCUCCUGAAUGUAGUAACAAGCUCGUGGUGGUUACCACCAGCGUGCCUGGCCACAAGGAGUCACCUUCCUCUAAUCAAUGCUCCUACACUACCCCGCUUAAACCCUCUCUUGACGGGAAUCAGACGGUUAAACGUCCGGGUUCGCACAUGGACGGGUUCAAUGCGGUGGUGAAGGGUGCAGUGGAGGAUUACAGGAAGGCGAGGGGGAGGAGGGGUUGGGUGGGGGCGGAUGCGAUGGUUUUGGAUAUUCAUGCGGCGUCUGUGUGGCGACAGGAUGGGCACCCGGGGGUGUAUACGGGAUCGACGCUCGUCAUUUCGCUCUUGAGAUUCACCGAAGCAUCAUCCACACCCUUCUCCCUCACCUCCUUCCUCGAGUCCUUCACCACAUCGCACACCAGCGAAUCCACUCAAGACCGCACAGAAACCCUCUCCGGCUCCUCUCACCACCACGUCGCGAGGCGGCGUCUAGCUGGCAUCACGGGAUUGGUCAAGAAUAUCGAGCGGGUCGAGCAGGCGGUGUUCGAGCCGCAGCCGAUUCAACGGCCGCCACUCCCAAGCGCCGUCGGGCGCGUCGAGCUUUACAUCGAUGACGGCAUGGCUGUAGAUGGCGCGGAUGCCGCCGACAACGUCAUGCUCUCACGCGCUUCGCCGGAGGGCGCCACGGGACCCGCUCUUCUUCCGUUGGACGACAAUCUGGUAACCGACGUUUCGCCCGUCGCGAAGAAGCGGGUGUUGGAGCGGUCGUCGCAGGGGGACGCGGGUGGUAGUACCGGCAAUCCCAAGGAGCGCACGAGCUGCUCCAUGGAACGCGGCUCGUGGCAGGUGGAUCCCACGUGGCCGCUGUACGACGCCACGUGUCCGUUCAUCUACCCGAAUCAAAACUGCGUGAAAAACGGCCGGCCGGACCGCGUGUUUGAGCGCGUCCGAUGGACGACACCGGGCUGCCCGCUUCCCACGCUGACAAAGCGCACCCUCUGCAGCCUGGUCGCGGGAAAGAGCAUCGCAUUCAUAGGCGAUUCCGUCACGCGCAACACGUUCGAGUCGCUCGCGUGUCUCAUGUACGGAUUCUACGGGAUGCCGGAGGAUCUGGCGGGGAUCAACAUGUCGUACGGGCUGGAACGCGGGUUCGUGUGGCCGUCGUGUAACUUCACCCUCGCGUUCUAUCGCACGAAUUUCAUGGUGCAGUUGACGCUGGAAGAUCCCAGCAAGCCCAAGGGAGGCGGCGUGAUGGAUUUAAACAAGCCGGACGAGCGAUGGAUGAGGCGACUGGAUCAACACGAUAUCUUCGUUAUAAACACAGAUGAGGGAAAAGGAUGUCACUGGUGGACCGAGCAGAAGAUCCACGGCUCUGGCUUCCGCUUUGCGCCGCCCCACCAGAAUCUGUCCGUCGCCGAGGGGUUCCAGAAGGCUUGGGAGAUGACACUGAAGGUCUUUAAGACCGACCGCAUGCGUGGCAAGGUGCUAGUUGUUCCUACUAAUUCAGCGACCCAUUUCACGGGCCAGGGCUUUAAGAGCGAAUGCCCGCACACGGCUCCUAUGAACGCCACGGGGUUCCUAAAUGAUAGGUUUAUUAGGAACUACAUGACGAUGGAGCCUUAUAAUGGGGUCAUGAGGAAGCUUGUAUCGCGGAUGCAUGGGAAGGAGAGGGCGGAGGGGAGAAUGCAAGGGGCGAAGGUGGUGCUGCUGGAUCAGGCUCGGCCGACCCUGUUCCGAAGCGACGGGCAUCCGGGAAGAUGGGCGCUCCUGCCCAAUGGGGUGAGGGACUGCGGACAUUUCUGUCUGCCCGGCGUGCCUGACGUGUGGAAUGAGAUGAUGCUGCAGCGGCUGUGGGUGCUGGAUGAAGCACUGCGGGAUUGA